GACUGUAUAAACAAUUAAACGUCUUGUUUUGUGUUAUGUUUUUGUUGAUGUUUCAUUUCAUUUGACACCUCGCGUGGUUUUCGUUGGUAUUAGUCUAAUAUGACUAAUAAAUCUAAACAGAAAAGAAAAACCGAAACGGCUCCAAAAAAUAGUGAACUUUAUACCGAUACCUCAUUAUUGAAAAAUGAUGAAAUAAAUACGGAAGAUAACGACGUGUCACUUGAAGAUCAACAGUUGUAUGACCGGUUUGAUACUAUGGUUAAUUCAAAAAAUGAUUUACUGUGCAAUGGAAGCGAAAUGACAACUAACAAAAAAUUAUUAAAGGAGAAAAAGUCUUCCAAAGAUGAUGCAUCAACUAGCAAAGAUCAAUAUCCAAAUACUUUUUUUAAUCAAUCGGACAAACCUCCCUCCUUCCAUUUUGAAGUAGAUUCUGCUGCUCUUUUAAUGUUUCUAAUUGCAAUUUGCACUCGUAUGUGGCGAUUAGAGGAACCUAAAGGAAUUGUAUUUGAUGAGCUACAUUAUGGAAAAUUUGCAAGCAUGUAUAUGAAAAGAACAUUUUUCUUUGAUUCUCAUCCACCUCUUGGAAAACAAUUAAUUGCUCUUGCGGGUUAUUUAGCUGGUUAUGAUGGUAACUCUCAGUUUGAAAGAAUAGGUGGUGAAUACUUAGCUACUGUUCCUAUUCGUGCUUUAAGAGCAAUUCCUGCAUUUUUUGGAAGUUUACUUAUCCCUACAGUUUAUUAUCUUAUCAUUGAGUUGGGUUUUACUCAUAGAACAGCAGUAUUAGCUGGAAUACUCAUAAUUUUUGAAAAUGCCUAUUUAACUCAGUCCAGGUUCAUUUUAAUGGAAAGCAUGCUCAUUUGGUUCUCUGCAUUUGGUUUACUAUCGUACCUGAAAUUCAGAAAAAUUGAUAGAUCAUUUAGUUUAAACUGGUGGCUAUGGUUUCUAUUAAGCAGUGUGUCUCUUACUUGUGCGAUAUGUGUCAAAUACUCUGGGAUUUUCUCAGCUUUUCUAGUGAUUACUCUUGUAGUCUCUGAUUAUUGGAAGUUAAUAGCUAAUACAAGUCUUAGUACUGUGCAGUUAUUAUUUCACUUGUUGGCAAGAUUUGUAGCAAUUUUCGUCGUGCCUCUUUUCAUUUAUCUUUUAAUAUUUUAUAUUCAUCUGAAAAUUUUAACUAAAGCUGGACCACAUGACAAUAUAAUGACGAGCGGAUUUCAAGCUAGCUUAGAGGGAGGCUUAGCAUCAAUAACUAAAGGCCAACCUCUUGAUGUUGCUCAUGGCUCCCAAAUUACUUUGCGCCAUACUCAUGGAAGAGCUUGUUGGUUGCACUCUCACCUUGCAGUUUAUCCAUUGCGCUAUCCGGACAAACGAGGAAGCUCUCACCAACAACAGGUGACCUGUUAUAGUUUUAAGGAUGUGAAUAAUUGGUGGAUUGUUAAACGACCUGACAUACCUGAUCUGGUGGUAUCUGACCCUAUUGACAAAAUCAAACAUGGAGAUGUAGUACAAUUAAUUCAUGGAAUGUCUACCCGCCCUCUCAAUAGCCACGAUGUUGCAGCUCCAAUGUCACCUCAAAAUCAGGAAGUUUCAUGUUAUAUUGAUUAUAACAUUUCAUUUCCUGCUCAAGAUCUGUGGAAAGUGGAUAUUUUAAAUAGAGAAGCUGAAGGUGAAGUUUGGCACACAAUCCAUUCUCAUGUUCGAUUUACUCAUGUUAAUUCUGGACAAGCCUUAAAAUUUAGUGGUAAGCAGUUGCCUGAAUGGGGAUUUAAUCAGCAUGAAAUAGUUACAGAUCGUGUGAUUAAUCAAGACGAUACUAUAUGGAAUGUUGAAGAACAUAGGUACACAAAAAAAGCUGAUCAAAAAGAAAGGGAGCGUGAUAUGGGUAUGGCUGAAUUUGUUCCUCUUCAACCUACUCAAUUAUCGUUUAUUGAAAAAAUGUGGGAAUUACAGUAUAAAAUGUUUACUACAAAUAGUGAAAAUGUUCAAGAUCAUAUUUACAGUUCAGAUGCAGCUGAUUGGCCUUUUUUGACACGUGGCAUUGCAUAUUGGGUCAGUCCACACAGCAAUGCUCAAAUUCACCUCCUUGGUAAUAUAACUACAUGGUAUUCUGCAACUACUGCUACUGUGGUUUAUUUAGUGAUUUUGGUAUUUUAUUUGCUUCGUCGACGCAGGUGCCUGUAUGACAUUCCUGAAGAUAUGUGGGAAAAAUUUUGCAUAUCUGGCAAAGUUUUUUUGCUUGGUUACAUUUUACACUUUGUUCCUUACUUCUUUGUGGAUCGAACUCUCUUUCUACAUCAUUACUUGCCAGCAUACUUUUUUAAACUCCUACUUCUAGUUACUCUUGUUGAACACAUUAGUUUUGCUGUGUGCUUAGUCAAGUACAGUUUUCUACGGAAGAUUCUUCAUUAUUCAUACUUAAUUGUUGUCUGCUGUUGGGUUCUGUUUGUUUUAUACACCUUCAAAUCAUUUGUCGUUUUUUGUUAUGGAACUGUGCCUUUACUGCCAGAACAGAUUUUAAACUUAAGAUGGAAGGACACUUGGGAUUUUAUUAUUCAUGUGGGAUAAGUCUUGCGCCAUUACAUUUUUAAAGGGAGCACAACCUGCGGCUCGGGGACUAACUAUGGCCCUCUAAUGAGAAAUGUGUGGUCAACCAAACCAAACAUUAAUUAGAAAACACUAAUAACUAUUAUAAAAAAUUUAUAACUAUCUCUUAAAUUAAUUUUAAUAAACUUUGAAGAAGCACUAAAUUUGUAAAAUUAAAAUAUCUAAAUUAAGAGGUACUAAUUUAAGUUAACUCAAAAUUUAAAUCGUUCACCAUUUCUAUUUUUGAAGAAUUUUUUAUCUAGCAGAAUAAAUGUUGUUCAAAGAUUUAUUUUUAAAAAUUGAAGACACAUUAUUAAAAAUUUUAUUGCUUUUUAUGCACAUUAAAA